UAACCGGAGCGUUCGCUUCAGACGUGCUGCGCAUCGGCUCGGCCAAUUCUCGGCCGCAGCCACGGAUAACUUCACGGUACGCCACCAAAUUUGUUACCAUCUGAUAAAGCAAGUCACCCGGCGCACGUGGACACCGAUUUCAACCAGGUGGGCCGGUUUUCGGCAAUUUUAGAGCAGUUUUUCACCCCGCCACGUGGGCGACGCCGUCCAGCCUGACGGCGACGCCGAUGCCCGGCGGCGUGGAGACUGCUUCCCGAGGCAAUAUGGCCGUCUCUACGCUAACCCAGCGUGGCUACGACCCGGACGCGAUGUCCUGGACGACGGUUCCGACGACUGAGGAGCCCAAUUCUGCGAUGCCUUCGAAUAUUCGAAGCCAAGCUCUCCUCAACGCGGCCGCUCGCCGCUUGCAAGAGAAAGCCAAGAUGGUAGCGCCUGCCGCCGCCCCGGCGUCCGGCAACCCAGCGGGCAAGACGCAGCCUCCUGCCUCGAACGCUGCAGGAAGCAAGGGCAAGGUCUUCACGAAGUGGAAGCCUCGCCCGCUACUAAAACCGAACCCGGAUGACUACGUGAUCGUUGUAAAGCCACGUGAGCAUAUUUCCUUGCACGAAGCCUUCUCCGAGAAUCGCUACGGGACCGCUUUCACGGCUUACCUCGGGUCCGAGCGGGCAGAGACCGCAUCGAUUCUCCCUUCGAGAGAACAAAAUUUGAUUGUGAUCCAUACCCCGGACCUCGAGACGGCGGACCGAGUGAUAGGGGAUUUUUCCGUCAACACCGAACGCGGAGCGGUCCCGCUCCACGGAUACCUACGGCAAGAUGGCGGAAACGUUUGCCACGGUGUCAUCGUGGUGUGCAACUCGGACACGACGGAGACACUUCAGCAAAAGGUGCGUUGGAGAGCAGGCACCAUUGUUGAAGUGAGAAAAUUUGGCACAUCGAACAAAGCGCGUGUUACCUUCGCCGGAAAGGACAAACCGCGUUUUGUUCACUAUGACAACAUGGUGGUACCCGUCCAACCCUACUACCGUACAAUCCCGGCCUGCGGCAAGUGCGGUGCUGUCGGCCAUAGGAUGGAUGCAUGCCCAAACCUGAGACAGGACACUUGCGGUCUGUGCGGGCAACAGAUUCCACUCGUGGAGGGGGUGCGGGCCCCUCACGAAUGCGUGCCCAAGUGUUCAGUGUGCGGUGGUGGACACGUCACGAACUCCCGCGAGUGCACUGCAAAGUUCCGGAACUCCAAGACAGCCGCCCAAAAGGGAGGCAAGACCAUAACGGCGGUCAAGAAAAAACACCGCCAUCUUGAGCUUCCCAGUGGGCCGCCGCACCGGGACGUCACCAAGACCGGCAAGCCAGCGCCCCCUGCCGGAGAAGCCGGGAGGCAAUCUACGGCGCCACCACACGGCGUGGCUGGGGCCUGGGCCGACGCCGUCAAAAAAGGAAAACAGGUGAGCGGCGCGGGCAGGGCUGCUUCCUCGUCCCCUCCCUCUACUCCUCCUGCGGCGCUCAGCGCCGAACAAAACAUGAUCGCGGCUCUCCAGGCGCAAAAUGAGAUGCUGCUAAAGAAAAUUACAGCGCUCGAAGCAACAAUGACGCAACCCCUCCCUAGCCCCGCAGUAGAAGUAAUGGAAAGUGAGACAGAAGCGCCGGCGGAGGCACCUAGCGCGGCAGCCGCUCUCGAGGCCCGGAUCAACGCCCUCGAGGCCCGUAUGGACAGCCGGAUUUGCGCUCUUGAAACCCAAAUCUCCGCAGCCAUGAAUGCCGCGAUUGCCAAAUUGACAGAGAUGAUUCCCUCUCUCAUAACUCAAAAAUCGCGCAAACCUCUCGCACCACCCGGCGAGCCGGCCCAAUUAAAGACGUGUCCGGCCCGUACCCCAAAAUAUUUCGACGACAACUCGAUUUAGAUGAUGAAGAC